AUGGCCGAUCGUUCCCGCACUCGACGCCAGCGUUUGUGUUCUUGGUGUUUCAAGUCAUUCACCAAGGAUGAGCACUUGGCACGGCAUGUCAGGACACACACCAGAGAGAAACCGUUCGUCUGUACCAUAUGCAAAAAAGCCUUUAGUCGCCACGAUUCUCUUUUGCGGCAUUCAAGAUCCCAUCGAUCAUCCAGCGCUGUUCCCUCUACUAGUGCGGCCCACAACAUAGAAGAUGAUGCCAUACCCCCGGCAAUGAAUCACCACGAUGAGCAAGCCUCUCCAUUGAAUAACGACUAUUCAUUAGGUGCCCAGGAUGCUCCUACAUCUCCAGACCAUCUUUCCUCCUUUGGAUCGUGUUAUCCACAUACUGGCCAUUCCAGAUCAGCAUUUAAUUCACUUAUGAACCCGGCACAGCACCCGACUGCGGUCGGUUCAAAUGCCGAAGAAUUGGCGCAGUCAAAUUUCGACGGAGCAGUGGCCGGACUCCCGACACCAGGUUCCCAAUCUCGAUUAACUGGCCUAGAUCCGUCUCUACCUGAUUCUAGCCAAGAUGGGUCAUGGGUCUGUGGCAACACGAGUACCCAGAUACCGGCAUGGUUUGCAGAUGACGACUUUGAUCUCGGUGCUCUCAACUCGGAGAUCUUGAUGUCAACUACUAACUGGGUUCCUCCCGGAAUAUCCGGCCAAUACCAAAAUGAGCCUGAGCGCGAUAUUUUACGAUCGCUUGUGGAGGAUACACUUCCAUCACGGGAGGAACUAGUGCAAAAACAUUGGUACACGUUCAUGGAUACAUCACGAACGGGACAAACUACCCCGGAGACGGGUCCAGAUCCAACGGAGGUGGAUGAAGCAUACCGUGCUAGCCUAGCUGUCAAGCUCCAGCCUCAUAUGCCCUGCCUACCACUUCCCUCCACGGACUUUCUGAAUAUAUGCAUCCAAAUGUACUUCACGAAAUUUCAUCCCGUAUUUCCAAUCGUACAUGCGCCAACUUUCCGGCCGUCUGCUAAAAGCUCAUUGCUGCUGCUAUCCAUUUGCUCUAUUGGAAGCCUGUUUGUGGGAUCUUCACAUGCUGCAUCGAAAGGUGUCAAGGUGUUCGAGACCCUUAAUAAAGCGAUCCUGUCGUCGUGGGAACGAUACUUCUCGAGACAAGGACCUGAGACAAUUGCCUUAAUCCAGGCGGCUCUCAUAGGUCAGACAUUUGGACUUUUAUCGGGGAGACAGAAGGAUUUACUCAUUGCACAGACAUUUCACGGCACUCUUCUUGCGUGGGCUAAGAGGGCAACACCAUCCAAGUGCAAGAGAGCAUCUGACUAUAUCAGCUUCAGCGAGGUCUUCUCCACGCCACAAGAGGCCUGGAAGAAGUGGAUUCAGGCAGAAGAAAAGAACCGGCUACUCGCAGGAAUUCAUGUUCAUGAUGUCGAGAUCUCAGAGCUCUUUUUAACAGAUACGUAUUUGCGACAUUCACCAGAAAAGCUCCCACUAUUGUCUGAUGAUGAUCUCUGGGCUGCACCAACAGUAGAAGUCUGGAGCGAAAAGAUAAUGAGUCGCCUUCCGGGCUCAAGUAUGCAUGAAGCUCACUCACGGCCACCGGACACAACAGCAAACCAGGCGCCUCUACAAUUAUCCCCCCUUUUCAGCAAUGGGUUCCACGCAUAUCUUGAGCUAGAAGGGCUCAGCGCAUCCGCAGUCGAUGCGUUUAAUACAAAUAGCCCAACCCGGCGACAGCACUGCGAGCAUAAUCUGAUGGCCUUCCACGAUUCGUACCUAGGCCCCGGCAAGGGACACAGUCAGGAUCCGUACUGCCUGUCCGUUCUAUGGCACUCGAUAUUCUUCUCACUAUACGCCAACGCAAACCGACUGGAACUAGUAAUUGGGAAAGAGGGGUUCGCCGAAUCCCAGAAUCACAUAGCCUACGCACGCUCUUGGGCCUCAUCACCAGACGGCCAACGCUGUGUGCUUCACGCCGCACUAAUCCUGCGCGAGCUCGAACAAGAGAAUAUCGGAACCGAGCCACCUAUCCACGUCCCGCGAAUCAUAUUCCGCGCAGCAUUAAUUUGGUUCUGCUACACGCGCUUCGGAUCGGAUGUAGCGAACUCGCAGCACAAUGUGGAGUUUUCGGAGCUGCAGAAGAUAGGUCUUGAUCAUCAAAGGCUGCUGUUUGAAGCAAAUGGGUUCAAAGCUUCCCGGCCUACGACGGCUGACUCUAGUACUUUCUGUGGAUUACUGGAUAUCUUGCCAAGGGCUGGUCAUUGGGGGAUUUCGCGGUUGUUUUCAUCGAUUUUGGAUUUGCUGCUCCCUGAUGUUAAGGAUGAUGAGAGGUAUAGCCGGUGA